UCUGGCAUUGAGCUCCAUUUCCACAUAUCCUAUCCUACGCGAUUGACUUUGCACCCUUCGAGGAUGGUAUUCUACUAGUCACCACGUGCUCUCUCGUAACCCCAUGGCCUCGUCCACCGGCAAUGGCUCGCCACCACGACGAGGCAGGUCUACCAGCCCUCGGCCAAGGUCACCGACAGAGGAUGACGACUCAAGCCUCCUCGGUCUCUCAGAUACCAGACAGCUCCAGGCCUUCGGGCGCAAGGUAACAGCAACCGCGGGAAGCUUGAUAGGAGCCGACAGUGUCAGUCAACACUAUCAGAACGCGUUAGGCGACCUCCACAGGGAGCUCCGGCGCCCAGUCCUGCAACGAUCCGUCUUCUCCUUCGCCCAAACGACACCUCGCGACUUGGUGCGCUCCCGAAUAUCCGUGCCAGAGAUCCAGCAGCGCGCCUUAUCAUACCUCCCCGACGAGCUUCUUGAAAACAUUCCAGAGGAUAAUAAUGCGUACUCUCUUUUCCAAGGCUUUCAGGCCUCGUUGCCGGAGGAGAGUAUUAGUAGGGAAACAUAUGGCAAACAUAAUGGAAGAGGGCAGAAACUUUUAGGGGAGGGAAGGGAGGAGGAAGCCCCAUCAGCGCCGCCUUCGAUGGUCAAGCUGAAGAAUCAGAAACAUAGCAUGAGUCACCGGCUGGAGAUGAUGGGCGUGCGAAAGCACAUGUGUGCAGCGGAAAUACACGAGAUAGACAACAAGAUCGCGAACCUAAACACAAUGCGCAAGAUUGUCCUAGACCGGUUAGCUGCUUUGGAGCUUGAAGAGGCGGAAAUCGAGCAGGAUUUGCUGGAGGUGGAAAAUAAGAUCGAGGACCUCCAGGAAGAGCUGGAAGAUGCUGCGGCCUUGGCCCCGAAAUCUCCGGAGAGUCCUCUGUCAGUAGAAGAGCGGCAGGAGGCUACCGACGAGUUUAUGUCCGAGUCUAUAUAUCAGAAGCUACCGUCACCGAAAUCGAAACGUCGGAGGCCGAUGCGGAGGGUAUCCAUGCCCAUCCUUCACGAGCACCUUGAACCUGGGUCAAAAAUCAAAGAGUUGGAAGCGCAUACCGAUAUAGUUACCGCACUGGACUUUGACGUGCCCUGGGGAACACUCGUUACAUCAGCGCUAGACGAUACUGUACGAGUAUGGGAUUUGAGCGCAGGAAGGUGUAUUGGACUUCUGGAGGGUCACUUGUCUUCAGUGCGCUGCUUACAAGUGGAAGAUAACAUCGUUGCCACCGGAUCCAUGGAUGCCACCAUCCGUCUAUGGGACCUGAGCAAAGCAGAAUACGCUCCUUUGGACCACCGAACGCACGGGAGAGACGAUGAUGACGACGGUUUGGCAUUCGAGAACUCCUCAGACGCACCACCCCCACCGCCUCCGACCAUAAUGCAAGACUGCCCACUCUUCUGUCUCGAGUCUCACGUUGCAGAGGUGACUGCUCUGCAUUUCAAGGGAAACACGUUGGUUUCCGGCUCGGCGGACAAGACGUUGAGGCAAUGGGAUCUCGUCAAGGGCAGAUGUGUACAAACACUCGAUGUGCUAUGGGCCGCAGCGCAGGCGACGGCAGCUUUGAACACAAAUGCAAAUGAUCCGUGGCGGCAGACGGGAAGAGUUACCGACGCAUCCGCCGAUUUCGUGGGCGCACUCCAGGUCUUCGAUGCCGCAUUGGCAUGUGGUACCGCGGAUGGAAUGGUACGCCUUUGGGAUUUGCGAAGUGGCCAGGUCCAUCGCAGUCUCGUCGGGCACACUGGUCCAGUGACUGCUCUCCAGUUUGAUGACGUGCAUCUGGUCACAGGCAGUCUGGACCGCAGUAUUCGCAUUUGGGAUUUGCGAACCGGCUCCAUAUAUGAUGCUUACGCCUACGAUCAUCCCGUCACAAGCAUGAUGUUUGAUGCCCGUCGCAUAGUUGCUGCAGCUGGCGAAGACGUGGUCAAGGUCUACGACAAGACCGAUGGAAGACACUGGAACUGCGGUCCUGGGGUGGGCGCAGACGAUGAAGAUACGACAUUGGCAGCGACUAUUGAGAAAGUACGGAUCAAGGAAGGCUACAUGGUGGAGGGCCGUAGGAACGGUGCUGUUGGUGUGUGGUCCUGUUGAGCGUAACUCGUUGUAUAUACCAAUAUAUAAACAAAUCCCUUUUUGAAGGUUGCC